AUGGGGACUUCAGAGGAGAAGGAUGCUGACUGGAGAAAAGAUAUAUUCAAACUAUCUGCUUGUCCUACUCCUCACUUAUUUGCAGAUGAUGCUCAACCAGCUUUGCCCGUUGACACAAAAGAUGCUCUGAGGAGUACAGAGGCAGUUGCCAGGGAGCACGCAGCUGGCCAGCCAAAAUCACCGCUGAGGCUCAUAGCCAAUGUAAUCAAGAGGUCCAUUUUGGAGCCUCUAACCUCAUCUCCAGAAGGGCUAAAGCAGGACUCAGACAGCAAAGCCAAAGCCUCUUCAGAACAAGCUUUUUUCAGCUUCCCCAGUACUCCUGGCUAUUCUCUAGGCCAAAGGAACAGUAACAAUAAUAGAAUAAAUAACACUCAGCCACAGGAGCUUGAAGUAAGGGAGUGGGCAGGAGAGUAUUUAGGAAAUGGGAGCCCUCUCUCAAAUCCAUCUCAUUUUUCUGUCAGCUCUCAAAAGAGAUCUCUAAGGGAUUACAACAAGGAGGUAUCCUUCCCAGUCUACAAUCCUCACACCAGCCCUUCCAAGAUGACCAGUAUACCUCAGAAAUCAUCUUGCACUAGGAUGGAGGAUGUCCCGGGACUCCUAGAGAAGUUUACCUUUAAAGAGACUACAUCUGGGGCUCCCACGGAUGAUGUAUUUAUCUGUAAUGAAAAGUACCUCCUUCUUUCAUCUCCAGAGCCCCAGAACACCUCCAAGGACAAUCUGGAUGACUCUGCACCGAAGGGUAGUCUUGAGUCACUCUUUGAUAGACUGAGAAGUAAAGUUCGUGACAGAGAGGGGAAUUCCUUCAUGUCAUCUCUGCCUUUUAUGAAGGACUGUUCUCCAGAAGACAGGCUAUGUUAUCCUUCCACAGGAUAUGAAUACCUAUCUGUCAGAAAACAAGAUACCGAGUAUUCAACUUCUUCCUCUGAUGAUGAAUUUGAAUCCAAGCCUUCAUUAACACACAAGGCAAAAAGGACUCUCAGAAGGAGAAGGAAGCUGGAGAAGGAGACAAAGCAAUUGAUUAAACAAGAGGAGCUGAAGAGGCUUCACAAAGCACAGGCAAUCCAGCGCCAACUAGAAGAAUUGGAGGAAAGACAAAGAGCACUGGAAAUCUUUGGUGUCAAACUGGAGAGAGAACUACGAGGAGAAUCGGAUUCAGGCACAAAGGAUGAAACUCAGAUGCUACAUGAAUGGUUUCAGCUGGUCCUGGAGAAGAAUAAAUUAAUGCGUUAUGAGUCUGGGCUCCUGAUUAUAGCUCAAGAGCUAGAAUUGGAGGACCACCAAAGCAGGUUGGAACAAAAGCUGAGAGAGAAAAUGGCCAUUGAUGACAGCCUUAAAGAUGAGACGGAUCUGAAUGAGGAGGAUGAAAUUUUUACUGAGAUGAUGAAAGUGGUUGAAGAAAGAGACAAACUCGUGUCUACCUUAGAGGAGCAGAGAGUGAAAGAAAAAGCAGAAGACCAGCACUUCGAAAGCAUUAUAUUAUCCAGAGGCUAUCAGUUGAGCAGGAUUUAA